UGCCCCCUGAGCACAGCGCCGGGCGCCCGGGUCUAUGAGGACUAUGACUGCACCCUGAAUCAGACCAACAUCAGCGCCAACAACAACAAAUUCUACAUCAUCCAGCUCCUUGAGCAUUAUGGUGCCUACAGUGUCUGGAGCCGCUGGGGUCGUGUGGGGGAGGUGGGCCAGUCCAAGCUCAUGCCCUGUGCCUCCCUGGAAGCUGCUAAGAAGGAAUUUGAGAAAAAGUUUCGAGAGAAGACCAAGAACAGCUGGGCGACGAGGGAGAACUUCAUUGCCCAGCCGGGGAAGUACACGCUCAUCGAAGUGCAGCCAGGGGACGGGCAGGAGGCGGAGGUUGCCCUCAGGGUGAGUGGAUGGGGGGACAAGGUCUGCAAGCAGCGGGUGCUGCCCUGCACCUUGGACAAAGCCACGCAGGACCUGGUGUCCCUCAUCUUCAGCAGCGACAUGUUCCGGGAUGCCAUGCAGACCAUGAAUAUCAAUGUGAAGAAGAUGCCACUGGGGAAGCUGAGCAAACAUCAGAUUGUGAGGGGCUUCGAGGCACUGGAGGAGCUGGAGGCGGCACUGCAGGAGCAGCCCCCCCCAACCGACCGCCUGGAGGACCUCUCCUCCCGCUUCUACACCAUCAUCCCCCAUAAUUUUGGGCGAGCACGGCCACCCCCCAUCAACUCCCCCGACCUGCUGCGUGCCAAGAAGGACAUGCUGUUGGUGCUGGCCGACAUCGAGGUGGCACAGAGCCUGCAGGCGCAGAAGGUGAAGGAGGAAGAGGAGGAGGAAGUCGUCCAUCCGCUGGAUCAGGAUUAUGCCCUGCUCUGCUGCCAGCUUUCCCUGCUGGACCCGGCUUCCCGAGAAUACCAGCUGAUCCAAAACUAUGUGGCACAGACGGGGCACAAACUCCGCAUCCUCAACAUCUGGCAGGUGGACCGAGAUGGCGAGGAUGAGCGCUUCAAAGCCCAUGACCUCCUGGAGCACCGGCGCCUGCUUUGGCACGGCACCAACGUGGCAGUUGUUGCGGCCAUUCUGAAGAGCGGGCUGCGCAUCAUGCCCCACUCAGGUGGGCGCGUGGGCAAGGGCAUCUACUUCGCCUCUGAGAACAGCAAGUCAGCCUGCUAUGUGGGCUGCACGUCCAAGAAGGUUGGCAUCAUGUUCCUGACGGAGGUCGCCCUGGGCAAGCCCUACCGCAUCACCUGUGAUGACUCCACUCUGUGUCAGCCGCCCACCGGCUAUGACAGCGUCCUGGCCCGCGGCCAGACUCACCCAGAUCCCGCGCAGGAUGAGGAGGUGUUGCUGGAUGGCAAGAAAGUACUGGUGUGCCAGGGCAAGCCCAUUCCCAUGCCCGCCUACAAGGACUCCUCCUUCAGCCAGAGCGAGUACCUCAUCUACCAGGAAAGCCAGUGCCGGAUCCGCUACCUCGUCCAGCUCCACUUCUGA